UAAUGCCGGAUUGCCGUGUUAAGUGUUAUCUAUUUAUAUAGGCUCUCUAGUGUUAUUCUGUUGUACACAGUUCCUAAUCCUCUCUAUUAUAGUAGUAUUAAGUCUAUGCCUUAGGUUCUAGGACAGUACCGAAAUUUUUAACUAUCGUAUAUCGCCAUAUUGGUUAGAGAGAGCCUAAUAAGCUUAUAGUUAAUUAUCUAGAUUCUUUAAGUUAGUUAUUGGCGCUUGGUAUAAGAUUUCUGUUCGACUUCUAGUCUUAUUAACACAUUUUUUGUAAUGGAACGCUUUAGUGAGAAUAAAAAUCCUGUAGGAAAAGUAAAUAAACGGUCGAAGAAAAACUGUGAUGCAUUUACUCAAACCGUGAUUGACAAUAUACCCACUCAGUGCGUCAUCCGGGACAAUGUCAAGAAGAAUCAAAAUGACAUAAAACAUACCAAACUUGGCAACGACAGUGACAGCAUUUCAUCAACCUCAAACACGGAUUGUAGUAUCGCCGGUACUACAACUGUUCCUGAAUGUGAUGACAUUACAAAUAAGAAAGCAUCGAAAUUCAUCAAGAAAGUAUUAAACAAUGAGCUCGACAAUGAGAUACCAAACAACGAACAAUCGUCAGUAAUUGCAAUGAUACUAUCCAGACGUUCGGCUAAACUUGCUGAACUUAAUUUGGAAGAUGAGGUCUUAAUGAAAAGUGCAGAAAUUCUUCACCAUAAAUAUAAUAAACAGAUAAGUGAUGUACAAACGUUUAAAAGUGUACAACGCUCCUGGAAAAGAAAAUUCCGAAGGUUACAUUUAUAUAUUAAUAGUAUAAAUAAUCAACUAAAUGCUCUGACUAGACUGCCUAAUCCAGCUGUCAAACGUGUUAGAAAUGUUGGGACACUUUGUAAUCUAACUGAACCUUACGAAUAACAACUCUGCUGUGUACCAUUAGUUAAUUACCCAAUGAGGAAAGACACUGAUUCUGCACAUCUCCACUCAAUACUUGUAUGCUAUGGCAAAAUGAUGUGUAGAACUGGUUUUUAUCUGACUCCGACAUAUUCUCUUGUUAGAGUGAGUAUAUAGAUCACUGGUACACCCAAUAGCCAAUAAACCAUUGAUACUUCUUGUAUUAUUAAUUAAUUUUUUUUAAUUUGUGUUCUUUUUCUAUAGAAUAACAAUAUAAUAUCUAAAAUAUGUUGUAACUUAACUAUUAUUUAUAAAUAUGGUUUAAUGCUUAGUGUAUUAUGCAACAAGCUCUGAUACUACACACUAAAUAUAAUACAAUAUACAUAAACUCCAUACCAUAACCAACAAUAAUCAAACAUUAGGGGUAGCAACUAUUAUUAUAAUUGGGCUAUUAUAAUAGAUUAUAAUUUAAACCUAAAAAUGAAGAGUAAGAACUAAUCAAAAAGGUAUCAUCGCACGUACACUUUCUACCUGGUAGAAUAUUAUAGAUAUAUAGUUGACACACACUUAUGACUCAACAGGAAAUCAUCUAUAUAUGAUUGACUUAAAGCGUGGGAAGGCGAAGGCCACACUUGUCAAUGACCAGCAGGGAUCUGCGGGUACCGCGGUUGUCCCUUUAUGAUAUAUAAGGGAGCCCUGAAUAGGCAUAUUUUAGACGUGAUCCACCAAAGUUAGAGCGAGCACCUUCACGUCACCCAGUUAAAUAAUUGUACUUUUUGGACUUAGAAUAUUUUUCAUAGUUUAAUUAAUUUAAUUAAUUGAACAGAAUAUAUUUCAAUAAAAAACACUGAGAAAUAUUUCAUCAGUCUUCAUUUUUUUAAACUAAUCUACCUGAUACUACAUCUUUACUAUUGCUUGUACGUGGCACGCUACAAGUGUUUAAAUUAUAAUAAAGUAAUUAUUUUUAUGUAAAAUUGUAAAUACAAAGCCUUUAAAAAAAGAGGUCAGAAUAUAAAAACUGGAUAGUAGAUGCAAAUAGUUAAAAUUAGCUUUCAUCCUAAUACAGUAACUCUGAUGAUUGUUUUUAUUCACUCUGAGUGAUUGUGAAAUGUUUAUAUUAUAUUUUAUUAUUGUGAUGUUGGGAAAUAAACUUAUAUUUUAAAAGUA